AUGAGCCCAACCCGUACCGCUACGCUGGACGGGGAAGUAAGUGGCCCGAACUAUGACACGACGCAAGCUCCUCCUGGUUUAGCUCGAGAUGAUGCUGUCCAGGAACCCGACCCAGUGGUGAUGAAUGGCACAGGUCCUGAGCCGACACCUACGACGGCGGCCGAGGACAGGACUCUGCCUCAGCCUUCGGGGUCUAUGACCGCUACGGGAGCACUGGAUUUUCUGGGUGCGUCUACUGUGGCGGAUAAAGAUGUUGCUUCGGGUGCCCGUCCGUCUUCAGAUGUUCCUCAGGGCUCAGCGCAGAGUGUGCCUGUCAUUUCGGCGAUGCCUUCAAGGGUUGAGACUGGUGGUUUUGAGUUCUCGCCACCAGAAGAGCUCCCGGAUUCGAUGAGUACCGAGACGAGCAACCAGACCUUUUGGUUUGCUAAGAUCGGGGAGUUCGUUCAGCGAAGGGUUGCCCAGGCAGGCGCAGCUAUGACGCCGAUCUUGGAGUCAGGGCAGCGGCGAUCUACUAGGCAAGUCUUGACUACGCCUCCGAGAUCUCAAAGGCUCUUCUCUACUGAGGCUGAGCAGGCCAUGACCCAAUGGACGAGAAGGGCACCUCACCUCUAUACACCGGAACAAAGAGCCCCUCCUCAAGAGGGCUCCUCGAAUGGAUCUUUGACUCAAGAACAAGUUCUGGUUGAGGUGCAGAAGCAAGUGAAGUAUGAGAUGCGAACGCAUGAAGAAGAACGUCAACACCUGGCUCAGGAGAACCAGCAGCUGAAGGACAUGCUGGAGAAGGACCCCAGGGAAGCGGUCAUCAAGGUGGCUGCGGCGGCAUUCCUGGCGGACUACCUCAAGUGUUCCUCGAGGGUGUCUGCUAGGCCUGCAGAUGCCGGAUGCGGUGGAGCUAAUGUUACUGGUGCCCCACAGCAGCGCCCAGCAGCGGCUACUGUGCCAAGCGGAGCCCUUGGACUACCUGUCGGAAAUCCUUUGCAAGAUCCCAUGGGAGCUUUGGUACAGGGGAUGGCGCAGCUGCAAACGGCAAUGUCUCAGACGUUGUCGCUUAAGUCAAAGGAUGUGGAAGUGGUCAAGCCGGGCUUGGCUGAGCUUCCGCGACUACCAGAACUCAGUACAAACUCUGCCAUUGAUGUCGGUGACUGGUUGCAUGGUCUGCAGAACCACAUGGGUGACCUCAGCAACUCCAGCAGUCAGUGGUGGAGCGAGGUACUAACGUGUCUUUCAAAGUACUACGAGGCCUAUCUUGCUGCCUCUCAUGUUGGCAAGCUCUCCCUGAAGGCCGAGGACUACGAGACGACUUUGCUUAGGGACGAUCGGUGGCUCCGUGUGGACAAGAGAGCGUCGUCGAUGAUUCUCGCCAGCCUUCCCGAGAGCGUGAAGACAGAGCUUUUGUCUAGCCGUGUGGUUGGGACGUUGGCGAUGCUUUGCAGGGUGGUUGUGCUUUACCGCCCAGGGUCAGUUGCAGAGCGACAGCAGAUUCUGAGGGCGCUCGAGGUGCCGACCACUGCGACUACCGCUUCUGAGGCGGUUCAGGAACUUCGUCGUUGGGCCCGCUGGGUUGCGAGAGCAACAGACAUCGGCAUUCAAUGCCCAGACCCCAGUGUGAUGAUCAAGGGCCUCGACUCCAUUGUGAAGAAGAUCCUGGGAGAGCACGCCGAUAUAAAUUUCCGGAUCUCAAUGUUGAGGUACACUCUUGAGGUGGACACUCGCCCAACGCUGCAUGGUGCCAAGAGCUUACAGCAGGCUCUUUUGUCGGAGCUGGAGCAGGUCGCCUAUCGUGGGCGACAAAGUGGCACAACAGCGCCAGCAGUGAAGGCGAUUGCAGCUGGUGCCCCACCUUCCACUGGAGGAAGGUCUGAUGGUCAAGUUGGUGGAGCUGCGAAUGGCAGCGAGUCUGGGAGCCCAACAAGGCAACCAAAGGCCAAGGCUAAAGCCUCUUGCAAGUUCUAUCUUUCGGACAAAGGAUGCAGUCGUGGAUCGGCCUGUACGUUCUCCCAUGUAUUUACAAGAAAAGAAAAGAUGGGCCGCUGCUGGGCUUGUGGGUCCACGCAACACCACCAGAAUGAAUGCCCGACGAAGGUCAAUGGUGGGAGCCCGACUUCGAAGGCGGGGGAUCAGUCUAAGGCGAGCCCUGCAGUCAAGGCUAUCUCUGGCCCUGCCCAGACCUCAGCUACGUCAGCAAGCGCGACUUCUACAGCCACCACAUCGGCUCCAUCGGUUACGGGUGAGCAAUCUUCGGCUAUGCCUGAGGCGGAGAUCAAGAGUCUGUUGGAGGAGGCCAGUGCCAUGCUCAAGGAGAUACGCCGCGAGGCAGUUCUUUCUCAGGGUCGGCAUGGCACUCUUUUGGCCAAGAAGACGGGUGCAGCGUCCUCGGCUCCUAUUGUGCCCUUAGGGGCACUGGUGGAAGAGCUAGGGUGCCAGAUAUCAUGGUCUCGACGAGGCGGACUGGUGAUUCGUCAUCCCCAACACGGGGUGAUUCCGCCUGCUGUGGUCGGGCGCUGCCCAGUCGUGGGCGAGACACAAGCUCUCGACUUGAUCCGGGAGAUUGAGACCAGGAAGCUGCGGACCUUGGAAAAUGCGACGAGGACAACAGCGAAGGCCCUGUGGCUUUGGGAUGAAGAGAAGCCUUGGGCCCGGCAUCUUGAUGACUUCGUGAAAGUUGGUGGCCGGUCUGCCCAGCUUGCAGCUAUGACUACGAAGGGGUCUCCUUUUGUGUCGUGGACAGACUUGGAGCGAUCCUUGCUGGCAGAGAACAUUGACCUUUCAGAUCGCGCCGGGUGGGGCUACUUGAGAGCAGUGCCGGGAUCAAGGCAGCGCCGAAAGAGGAUGAUGACGUUGCCCUGGGUGGUCCAUCUUUACUCAGGGCCUGGAAAGGCGUUGGAUCCUGUGUUCCGGGAGCUAGAUGAUGGAAGAGUGAUGGUGCAAGUGGACAUCAACCGCAGCAAGGCCGAGGAUAUGAACAUGGUUGCGGGCAUGUACAGGGCACUUCUAUGGGCUGCGGCCACGGGGAGGAUUGAUGGGAUUCUUGGCAGUCCUCCUCAAAGACCUGAGUUGGUUCAGAGGAUGAUGUGGUUGACAGUGGUUGCAAAGGCGGCGCGAGCGGCACAUGGAGGCGCCCUCCCCGAGCAAUCCACGUAUCACCCGAGCGGCUGA